AUGGCAACUGUCGGUACACCCGUGAAGCUUCUCUACGAAGGCCUCGGUCACACGGUGACUGUUGAAAUCAAAUCAGGCGAGGUAUACCGUGGAGUUCUGGAAAAUGCGGAAGACAACAUGAACUGCUUGCUUCAGACCGUCACCGUCACGCACAGAGAUGGCCGCGUCGUCUCCCUCGAGCAAGUAUACAUUCGAGGCAGCCAGGUCAAAUUCAUUGUUUUCCCCGACAUGCUCCGCCACGCGCCGUUCUUCCGAAUGAUGGACAAGGCCGGAAAGUACAAGAGAGCCCUGGGUCUCGUUGGAAUGCGUCGUGCGAUGAACAUGCGAGCGCGGGGUGCGCGUGUUGCGCGCGCGAGGGGUGGCGGCAGAGGCGGUGGACGAGGAGGCGGAGGAAUGUAA